AUGGCAGCCUCCUCUUCAACCCCAGAACCUCACAACUCCUAUCUCCUAAGAGCUUGCAAUUCAACCACAUACCCACAAAUUUGCUACAAGUCCCUCUUCUCCUACGCCUCCACAAUCAACUCAAACCCUCAGAAGCUCUGCAGCUUCGCCCUCUCUGUCGCCCUUAAAGCCGCCCGCAACGCCUCCUCCACCGUGACGAAGCUGUCCAAGAGGAAUGGAUUGACACACUCAGAGGCUUUGGUCGUCAAGGAUUGCAUAGAGAAUAUCAGGGACUCCAUUGACGAGCUCAAGCAGUCCGUGAGUGCCAUGAGCAACUUGGGAGGUGCCAAUAUGGAAUACCAGUUGGGUGACAUAAAGACUUGGGUCAGCGCUGCCCUAACAGACGAUGAUACUUGUAUGGAAGGGUUUGAUGAGGUGAAGGGCUAG